UCCGUUGAACAGACCAACAACAUGACCUAUGCAGAUCACGCCGCGGCAUUCGGUCCGCGAUUAUCGGAGAAGGGAAAACUGGGCUUCUUAAUUGAACCCGAGCAGGAUCCGACAGGUUGCAGCCCUGUCGUAGUAGAGAAACCACCGUUUCUACAAGAGGAUAGCUGGAUUGCAUUGGUACGGCGAGGAGAUUGUUCAUUUAUUACAAAGGUGCGCUCGAUGCAGAAAAGCGGUGCUACGGCUGUGGUGGUUGGAGAUCCUGACCAUCCGGGCCGUUGGAUCACCAUGUAUGCACCUGGAGACACAUCAGAUGUGUUGAUUCCAAGUGUAUUUCUUGCACAAGAAGAGUACUUGUCGCUGCUAUCAUUAGCGAGGACUGGACCUAUUCCGAUCCGUCUAGAGCUGGACGACUUUAUCUCUUGGCCACUCAUCGACGUUCUCAUCAUCGUCGUUAUAUCACCCACCAUCCUCCUUGUCCUCAUCUACAUUUCAUGGCGUAUCCGUCAACGACAAAAGCGACGAGCCGAGCUGGCAGAUGUCAAGACUGUCAAUAAGCUGACAAUCAAGAAAUUCAACCGGCAAAAGAUACGUGAGAACGAACGGGAAGAAUGUGCCAUUUGUCUAGAGGAUUAUAUGGAGGCCGACAGCCUACGCGUGCUACCGUGUCAACACGAUUUCCACGCGCAGUGCGUUGAUGCAUGGUUAACGACGCAGAAGAAAUUUUGCCCGAUCUGUAAAGCUUGUAUAGAACGACUUCCAUGCCCUCAACAACAGCACGAAAGAGGUAUGUGA